GGGCGACUCAACUGGAAUACGUAUACGCAAAAUUUGGUUGCAGCAGAUGGAGUUGAUGAAGAGGAGCUCCUGAAAAGAAUCAAUGCUGUCAAGGAAAAUAUUGGCCGACAGAUCCGGAAGACUGUGGAGCAGCACCAUCCGCGAUUGGUGGAGCAGGCUAGCGCACUGCAAAAUUUGGAUCGUGUUCAAGCGGCAAUCAGCCGUGAGAUGGCUCAUCUGAAUGGCAUUUGUGAACAGUUCAGCGAAUGCUUUCGAACGGAAUAUGAAAAAUUACACCACACAACCAAUAGACUUGAGCAGUUGUAUGCGCUCAGACGAAUUUUAUCGGCUGCAAACAGAUCAACAGCCAUUGGAUUUGGUUUUGAGAAGCUGUUUGAGAAGCACGACAGUUUUAAAAAAUUUAACCAUUUAAGGUGCGAGCAAUUGACGCGUCGACUUGAAACGACCAACGAAUUGGUAAAACGCUCUGAGAUGGUUUGUGAAUUGGAGGCAAUCUCCGCUGAGAUACCAUCCCUGAAAGACAUUGAGUGCAUGCGUGAGACAGUUUUAGCGACGAUACCGAGGUUGGCAGCCGAGGUGAGACGAAGCGCAGCCUCUCAGCUCAAAUCAUCACUGGAAAGCCUCAGUGCGCCUCUUGUUUCAUCUUCUGUUCGUGCGCUGCGCAACCUUUCUUCCUACGAUACGACGGUUGGUAUUUUCCAAAAUUAUGAUCAUUUACUUUGA